CAGUUGCACAGCUAUGUAGCCAUUUCUGAGUUUGUUUAUGAAAGUGCAUGUUUCGAUGAGUGCAAUACUUCUGUCUGUGUUGGUCUGUCAGUUUAUAGCCGUGUUUAGGUGGAACAGUCUUAGACAAGCGGCUGUGCAGGAUGAUGCUGCUUUUACGCGUAUUGAUUGUGGGCUGAGGCUCUUCCUGCUGCCGCCCAUUGCAGAUUCUCCGUUAGUAUACAGCUGCACAAACUGAAGGGCGGGCAACCGCGGACCGGAGGGAAAGCAGCCGCCUGGCCUAGCUUCGGAGCCCAGCCUCAGACACCCUGCGGGACUGACUGACUGACUGGCUGGCUAGCCGGAGGGAGAGCAGCCACCUGGCCUCGGACACCCUGUGGGAAUGAAUGGCUUGCUAGAGGGAGAGCAGCCUGGGAGGCUGGCCUCGGACACCCUGCGGGACUGACUGAGUGGCUGGCAGAAAUGGAGCAGCCAAGUGUCCGUCUUUGGGUAAAAUAUGAAACCUUCCUUGUUGGGGUCUUGCAGAUCCCACCUCCUUCAAAAUUCAGUAUGCACUACCUUCGAAAGAUGGCAACAUACGUUCGAACAAAGGGAGGAGAUGGUGGCUACCCCAGACUUUCUUGGCCCAUGUGGAGGCACAUUGCUUGUGGGAAGUUGCAACUGGCUGAAUGUUUGGCAUGGCUGUAUUUUGAAACAUUUGACAGUCUUCUUGAGAGAACUGCAGAGGAGAGGCUGGAGUGGGCUGAGGCAGUAUCUCAUUGCAGAUCAGAAGAGGAAAUUGACAAACUGAAAUACAAGCUGUCAGUGGACACACUGCAGUUCCUGCUGUUUUUGUAUGUUCAGCAGCUGAACAAAGUUUCUCUACGAACAUCCUUGAUAGGAGAGGAAUGGCCAAGUCCCAGGUCACGAUCACCUGAUCUGGAUGGAAAAUCUAAUUCUCAGAACAAGAAUAUGGAUGACCAUAACCAUCUGGUAUUUGUUCUGAACCACUUGUCAGAGUUGUUGGAGCUUCUACUAGACCCUGAGCAACUCACCUCUUCAGCCCACACAACCCAUGACAGUAUGGUAUCUGUAGAAGCAGUUAAAGCAUUGAACUUUCUCAUAGAAGGAAGCAUUGGUCAGAAUGAAGUAAUUUACCCUGUGCACGAACUGGCUCUCUGGCAACCAAUUCUAGUCACAUCUGGCUAUUCCAGACUCUCCAAGAUGUUCUGUUUCCAUAAACUACAGGCUUGGUUGAGAAGUGUAUUGGGACCAAAUCCAUUCGGUACAGCAGUCUGCUUCCAAAAAGGGAAGAAACUAGCAUGGGCACAACAAGUUGAAGGUACGACAAAGCGGGCAAAGAUUGCAUGCAAUAUUUAUUCCGCACCUAAAGGCCACAAGGUGGUGGUAAUGACACAAGUGUACAAGCAAACCCUGGCUAAGAGCUCGGAUCAACUGGUUGGAGCUCAUAUUAAAAUUCAUCGCUGCAAUGACUGCUAUAUAUAUCUCUUAUCUCCUUUAAGGUCUGUCAGUAUCGAGAAGUGCAGAAAUACAACCUUUGUUCUUGGUCCUGUUCAAACAACCACCCACGUCCAUAGCUGUGAUGAUGUGAAAGUAAUAGCUAUCUGCCGCAGACUUUCAGUCUCAUCAUCAUCUUCAUGUACUUUCCACUGUCUCACACCUACCAAUCCUCUAAUCAUGUCUGGGAACAUGAGCUUAACAUUUGCUCCAUACCAUACUUACUAUCCAAUGUUGGAGGAUCACAUGGCUAGGACAGGGAUAGCCACAAUCCCCAAUUAUUGGAAUAAACCAUUGUGCAUUGGUGUGGACAACAAUGAAAUGCCUGUCUACCAGCUGCUGUCCCCCAAAGAACUUUAUGUAUUUGUGAUUCCAUUUGAAAUAGAGGGCGAUACUAUGGAGAUCCCUGGAGGACUGCCGCCGCCAUAUGAAAAGGCUAUAAGACAGAGGGAGCAGAAAAUACAGAAUUGGCAGAAGACUAUUAAGGAAGCAGGACUUAGCAAAGAACAACGCAAGCUGUUUCAAAACCUGGUGGAGCAGGAGUUCUGUGAAUGGCUAGAUCAAACUGGACAUCGUCAGCAGUUGGACAGUCUUAUUCCAGCUCCUACUUCCUCAAAACAGACUACAUGUUGAUAAUUCACAAGCUCUGUGAUGAGAUUUGUUCUCAUGGCUAUAACUGAAACAAAUUUGGGCAUGUCCUUUAUUGCACUUCUAUCAAAUAUACAUUUUUUUGUGUGAGUCUGCAUCAUUCAAUUGUAGUUGGGCCUUAAUGAAUUAUGCAUCUCAAAAAUGUAAUACAACAAAUUGUAAGUGCAUAUUUCAGACAUUAGUGCCAUUACUGUCUUUCAAAUAGCAUUACAUUAGACUUUGUAAUUUGGGUCAACAAUGUAAUUCUUACAAUUAUGAUACUGUUCAAAGGUUCAUUUCACUUUUGUUCUUAGCACCAAUAUGGCAGUUUAUUCAGAAUUUUUUAAUUCAUGCAGUAUAGUUUUAUACUUAGCCCUAAUUAAAAUUCACUUUCCACACAGGGACCUUCAACCCUAACUAUGAGCUUAGCUUUAAGUACCAGAGAGAGAGAGAAAAAUAUUUAAUAUUGCAUAGGAAUAUUUUAUUAGUUUAUUUGAAGCAUGUGUCACUUGCCCCCCGCCCCCCAACCCUUGCUCACUUCCUCAGCAGUCCUGAAAGCUUUCAUGAUGUUCCUGACACCAUUAAGAACUUUUAUAGGAAAAUUAGAGAGCAGUUUGUGUAUUGCUCUAAUAAUGUGUAUUUCCUUAACCCCAGAGUUUUAAUUUUUAUUCAGUUGUAUUCAAUUCUGCCUUGGGUUUAUUUUUAUAUAAGCUGAAGUAAUUUAAGACUUCCCCCAGUGCUUGGAUAGUUCUUUCUGUAUUAUCUCAUUUUCUACUGAUGCCCUUUUUCUAAGCUGAGGCACCUGAAAGAUAUCUUGGCUCUUAACCAAAUUGUUGUGUGAACUGCUAACUUAGCCCUGUCGCAAGCACUCAAGUGUCUUUUCUUCUCUGCUAAUUGACAACCACAACCAAAGUAUUUGCCCAAAACAUAUUUUGCCCAACACUCAAACUUUUACUUUGCUUUUAUCCCCAUCAUUUUUCUUCCCAACUCCCCUUGAGGUGAGUGUUUGCUCCAUUUGCAGCAGCCAUCCUUCUACAUUGCUUACUUCUGUGUCUAUUAUACAUAUGAACCUCAACAAUGAAGAGUAUUGACAAGUCGGUCUAUUCUGGGGAGCAUUGGUGCUGAGCUAGAUCCUGGCCUGUAUUAUUUUUACAUAUAUGUAUUUCCAACAAAGUUGAUGGGUAGCAGUCAAGAGGAGGAAUUGUGGAUGCUUUACCUUUCUUUAACCAAGGGAUGCUGAGGCCCGUUGUAUCACUCUUACUGCCAAGACUAAACUGGUGUCCCUCAAGUUCCAGUGGUUCAACUGCUUACUACCUAAACUUGCUGAUCCAACAUGGGAGCACCUUUCAAAAAACUUUCAAUCCAUUUGAAAAUCAAAAUUGUUCAAUAUUUAUCUUGAGUCAAAAGUUAAAAACUGGUUACUGUAACAGUCUUGAACUGCAAUUGUUUGGUCAGUAGCUUUUGUCGUAAUUUUAUCACUUUUAGGAAUACUUUGCAAUUGUCCAUGACGAAUAGCAUUCUAUGAGCACUCAGUAUGGAAUGAUAUGAAAAAUAAUAAAAUACCCUCUAGUGCUAGUUAAAUAAUAAAUUUACCUUUUCAACCAUUUCAACAAAAUAGAAAAUAUUAAAUCCCAACUGUGCUGUAUUCCUCUGGUUUGUUGUCUAGUGCACCAUACUAAAUGCAGCUACGAAUUAAUAAAACUGAUGACAUUAUGUAAAA